AUGUCGAUAGAUGUCGAAUCGACAUCUAUAAGAUGUCAAUUCGACGUCUAUAGACGUCGGCGUUCCGGCUGGGCAACAUGUAAAGAUAAAAAUACACUAAGUUCAAGUGUUGUUGUUUUUAUGCUGAGAGGAUUAAAUGAAAAUUGGAAACAGAACAUCGCGUGGCAUCUUACAACAAAAUCAUCAGAUGAAGAAGACAUGUGUAAAUUAAUUUUAGAAAUAAUUGAGGAUGUAGAAAAAAUAGGUUACAAAGUACACGGUCUUGUCUCAGAUAUGGGAUCAAAGAACCAAGCUGUUUGGCGAACAUUAGGUUUCAAAGUGGGCAAAGAUAAUAACACACCUUUUAUAACUCAUCCUGUACGACCGGAUGAAUCUUUAUAUAUAUUUCCAGAUGUUCCUCAUCUAUUAAAAAAUUUACGAUCAGCUCUAAUGAAUAAUCUGAUUAUAAAAGUAGCUGUAACGGUUAUGCAAUCUGAAGGAUUACCUUGUAAUGAAGUUCGGUUUCGAUAUCUCGAGCAAUUAGAAGAGAUUCAAAGACGUUAUCAGUUGAAACUUGCGCCAAAUAUCACUACAGAUAUCUUGAAACUUUCAAAUUUCAAUAAAAUGAAUGUUGCAGCUGCAGCUCAUAUAUUUUCGGAGAGAACAGCAGCCGCUUUAGAGACUUUAGUACAACUAAAAAUUAUAGAACGAGAUGCGUUAACUACAGCUUGGUUCUUAAGAACAGUCAGAUCCUGGUUUAAUGUUAUGAAUGGUAGAUAUCAAAACGAUGCAAUCACACCAGGAAAUAAACAGAAAAAAGUAGCAAUUAUUGAUAACUUCUUGUAUUUAAUUGAGCAUAUUGUAAUUGGAGGAGCAUGGAAGCCAGUUCAAACUGGUAUCAAAAUAUCAGCUUUAAAUUCGAUGUGGAUUGUAGACAAACUUUUUAAAGAUGGUUAUCAUUACUUUUUCACCUCUCGCUUAAAUCAGGAUGCUUUGGAAAACUUAUUUUCUACAUUGCGAAGACAUGGAAAUGUUAACCCAACGGCUUUACAA